AUGGCCAAUCGAGGCAUUGAAGACUUCGAUCACAUCUUCUAUGACGGUCAAUACCCUACACCUCCAUCUAACCGUCAACACGAGGGACAGCCCGCGCAGAUGGUACCCUACACCUCUGCUUCGAUGUCUGUGGGGAACUAUACUUAUCCGCCGCAUAGCUCUAUGCUCGCUUAUGACCCCGCAGCAGAUCCCUCAUUGUCAAUGGGCUUAGACCCCGGAAGUGCCUUUCCAUAUGAUCUCUCCACGUAUCCGUCUUCUACUGCAGCUGUAGGACAUGGCUUGAAUCAGUUUGCUCCCUUGCAACCACAGGAUCCGAGGUCGGAGACUGGCUCCGUAUAUUCGACGGCACAAUCGCAAGAUCCUGGAGCAGCCGUAUUUUGGAAUCAGCCUCAGCCUGGGGGGAGUGAUCCUUCAUUUCAGGGCUCACUUUCUCACAAAGCGCCGCCCUCUCGUUUGGCACCUUCUGCGGACUCGACGUUGCAACGUGGGCAACCACAAGCCUCGACUUCAGGGCCCGUCCACCGAUAUAUUCAGCCUAAAAAGUCGAUAGCGGGGAAGGACACGGGGUCGACAGGGAUAGGAUCAGGUGAAACUACUCCGUAUAGUAACAUAUAUUCGAGUAGUGGACUUGAUGUGGUGGGCAUUCUAUCCCAGGUAGUGUCACGGCCGAAUCCCAAAAUCAAUAUUGGGCCCGUUGAUCUGUCGUGCGCCUUUGUGUUAUGUGAUAUUGAGAAAGAAGAUCACCCAAUUAUAUACGUUUCUCAUGCCUUUGAACGGCUCACUGGGUACCAAGAAAGGGAUAUCAUUGGACAUAACUGUCGCUUCCUGCAGAGUCCAGAUGGCGUGGUUGAGCCCGGCGCACCUCGAAAGUUUGUCGACUCCUAUACAGCCUUUCGAUUGAAGACCACGAUUGAGCAACAAUCUGAGACGCAAGUGAGCAUCAUCAAUUACAGAAAAGGAGGUCAACCUUUCAUGAACUUGGUGACAAUGAUUCCUGUGCGAUGGGAAUCAAAGGAUUUUCGAUAUUUUGUGGGGUUCCAGGUUGACCUAGUUGAAAGGCCGGAGGCAGUCAGGAGACUGAACCCAGACGGAAGUUUCAUGAUCGAUUAUCACCGGAACCAGCUGCCUAGUUACCUGGUACCUCCUUCAGAUAUGUGGCAAGAUGAGCAUGGUCCAGCCAUGCAGUUCAGCCCUAGUCAAGUGUCUAUGAUUUUGGACAACCUUCAAAGAGGCCAACCAGUAGCCAGAAGCCAUCUACAGCACGUUUUGGUUGAGAAUGCAGACGACGUGAUUUUCGUCUUGUCAUAUGAAGGGGAAUUUCUCUAUCUCUCGCCGUCAUGUCGCGCAGUGCUAGAGUACAACCCGGGUGACCUCGUUGGAAAGACUCUAUCCACAAUCUGCCACCCAAGCGAUAUAGGUCCCGUCACCCGCGACCUCCGCGCCUGCACAUCCACGGAACCAAUUAGCGUGAUAUAUCGCAUCCGCAGAAAGCACAGCGGCUUCGCCUGGUUCGAGAACCACGGCGGAUGGCACAUCUCCGAACGAGGACGGCAGUUCAUGGUCCUCGUCGGGCGAAUCAUCCCCGUGUAUGCUCUCAACCACCUAACAAAGAUGAAGCCAGACGCAUCAGCAGAGAACGACCUCUGGGCGAAACUCUCGAUUUCAGGCCUCAUCCUCUUCAUGUCCUCUAAAUCCCGCGCCGUCCUCGGCCGAGCUCCCGACGAUCUAGUCGGCAAAGGCAUACAAGAUAUCAUUGUCGGUGACAGUUCGCAACAAGAUCCGGGCCUCCAGCAAGCGCUCGAGACAUGCCGCGCGGGUAAACAAGCCACCUUCACUCACAAGAUCCGCCAUCGCAAGGGCCACAUCUUCCCUGCCCAAACUACCCUGUACCCAGGCGACUUGAACGACGACACCCCAGCACCAACGACACCUAGCUUCCUCAUCGCACAACUCUGCUUCCCAAGAGUUCCCACGGAUGACGCACUCAAAAAUCAAAGCAGCGACGCCAACAACGACCUCAGCAUUCCCCAACAACAACAAGAACCCAACCAAAGCCCAGCUACAACCUCUGCAUCCGCAUCAACCCUCCACCCAAAACACCACCCCAACUACCCAGAGCCCUUCAUCUCCUCCACCUCCGCAGCCCUAACAACCAGCUCGUCUCCCGAGAAACCCAACACCACGACCACGGACCCUCCACCAUCCUUCUUCGAAGAACUCAAUCCAACACGCGGCUCGAACUGGAGCUUCGAGCUGCGCGAGCUGGAGAAGCAGAACCGUGUGCUUGCUGAGGAGGUGCAGCGCCUGCUUGCGAAACGGAAGAAGAGGAAGCGUAGACAGAAUGCGGUCACUGUUGAGAAGACGUGUGCGGUUUGUUCAACGCGGUCGACGCCUGAGUGGCGGAGGGGGCCGAGUGGGAAUCGCGAUUUGUGUAAUAGUUGUGGGUUGCGGUGGGCAAAGCAGAUGAAGAGUGCUAUGCAGGAACAAGCAGAGCAAUCUGGUAAUGGCGCUGGAGUAGGGAUGGGGGCUUAA